CCGCGUCGAGGCGAGCAGAGAGGUACAGCUACGCAGUGUCUGUUCGUUGUACCCUGGCGGUUCCGUGCCCUCGGACCUCAAUACGGCCAGCCCGCCUACGACGCCGGAGGGCUGUGCCUCCGCCGCUGCGAUACCGCCACCCCAUUGGUCGAUCCGUUCUACUGGCACCCGGUCACGUGUCUCUCCCACAAGUACGGUGGCACACAGCGGCCAGAAAGAGUCGACGUUCGACAACGCGAAGAACCCUUGGGCCACCAACCGCCGAGGCCCCCUGCUCCACGGAGGAAACGAGACAGCAGUAACAACAGAGACACGCCACGGAGAACAUUGGAGAAGCGAAAAAGGCCGCGGUGGAAUUCGUCAGGGUGCUAGCCUCGAGUGGAAGUCACCGAGAGAGUCUCUCUCUCCGCAAUCUCCUCCUGCCCCCUCUACACCCCUCGUGUACCCUUUGCUUCCGCCACCAUCGAACUCGAUCCUCCAAGGCGACUCCUACCCAUCCUUUUUCUCCCUCCAUUUCGCUCUCUGUUCAGUUCUCCGUCUCCCUCUCCCCCUUCCUCAACCGCUCUGUCUCUCGCUGUCUACCUUCUCUCUCGACUACAGUUCACCUCUCCGGCGUUGCCCUUCUCGAACCCCUCCACCUCCGCUUCUUUCUCCUCCUCCGUCACGUCACUCGACAAGUGUACAUUGCGCUCGCUGGCUCGCCUGCCUAGCCAGCUAGCCAGCCAGCCAGCCAGCCAGCCAGCCUGCCUGCCUGCCUGCCUGCCUGCCUGCCUGCCUGCCUGCCUGCCUGCCUGCGUGCCUAGCCUGGGUUCCGGGCGAUCGGAACGCUCCUGGCAGCCGUAGUGUAUGCGAUCGAGUGCGCGCCAGUCUCAGUGCUGCCGAUUUAGCGUAACGUCUGUUUAUCGAUGCAGGGAUUUCCUCUGUGAAAGUGUGCUUUCGCGUUAUGUGGUUCAGCCGCACGGACCAGGUUAUGUGAUGCUACGAGGUGUGAUAGGUACGGGGUGAGUUUUCGCGGACAUGCGAGUGUUCUGUGUACCGUCGUGCUUCGAUCUGCAGUGAACUCGACAGAGAAAUGGCCCCGUGAAUGCACCAAGUGGAAGCAGCUGUCGUGAACGACGGGUUGGACCUGGCCAAGGUCCUUCUGUUUUCCUCACCGGCGAUAUAUUCCUCGUGCUAAGUGAACGCGCGAUUAUGACUUGUGGUGUAUGCUGAAACUGCAGUGCGAAGGAUUCUUUCAGGAUGUAAUAUCAUUCUCGUGUUUCUGAUGGCACAGAUCGACCAAGCUCGUCAGUUACGGUGAAAAUACAGACAAUAAAAAUAUAGCGCAACCAAACUAGCCCAUUGUCCUCACGCAAGCAAGGAAGAACAUAAAAACUAGUGUAUCCUCGUCUAUGCAAGGCAAACAACAAUUGUCGUCGCGUCAGCAAGAGAACUGCGAGGAUCCAACGCAGCUGGACGGUUGCGGCAGCGUGCAGCCAGCCGGAAGGCAGCUCGAGGCGUUGGUCCACGCGGGCAAGGAGAUCGCGAGCGUGAAGACGAGGCCGACGACACCCGUCCUGGCGAACGACGGAGGGGGCGGCUUCUGGCUGGCCACGGUGGCCGCGGGGGCAGGUGCCCCGGCCGGGCUGCCCCCGCACGGGACACAUCACCCAGCCAUGGAUCCGACAUGCGGCUCCGCGGAGACAGGCUUCAUCAACAGCCAACCCUCCAUGGCGGAGUUCAUGACCGCGUUGCCCCAGCUGGCUGGCGACGCGAGCCUUCAACACUCUCCAGGAACCGGAGGAUCCAUCAGCCCUGGAUCCCAUCAUCCUGGCUACCACGCUAUGAUGGACCCUCAUGGGGUCGCUGAUCCGUCCGUCAACGUGCCCGAGUACCCGUGGAUGAAAGAGAAGAAGACUACGAGGAAAAGCAACCAACAAGAAAAUGGCCUGCCAAGAAGAUUACGGACGGCGUACACGAACACACAGCUGCUCGAGCUAGAAAAAGAAUUCCAUUUUAACAAGUACCUGUGUAGACCGCGAAGAAUCGAGAUUGCCGCAUCCUUGGAUCUGACGGAAAGGCAGGUGAAAGUUUGGUUUCAAAACAGAAGAAUGAAACACAAACGUCAAACACUAAGUAAAGAGGACGGUGACGAGAAGGAUGGCUCGACGUCCGACGGAAUGGAGAAGUCGAAGGGCGAGAAAAUGCUGGCGAUAGACAGCGACGAGAAGAAGAGCUGCCACAACUGUGAUAUAUCUGGCGUGAGCGACGUAGGCAGCACACUGUCUGGUGACGUGACCGAACUGAGCUCGUCGGGUCGGCGAAACAGCAGUACCAAUAAUAACACACCCACAGCAACAAACAAUAACAGCAAUCCAGCUUUCAACGCGAACAGCAAUGGAGCCAGCAGCGUUGGUAGCACGAACAGCGUGUCCAGUUCGUUCGAGAAGAUGAUAGCAGACGAUGACUCGAGAUCACAAGACGGUAGUGAAGUGACAUCCCCGAGCGUGGCUACGAAGAAAUUGUCCAGCGAUGUCAGAGUAAAAGUGGAGAGCGGCCACAAGAGUCCGAAUCCGGGCAAGCAGCAAAUUUCCGUCAGCAAGAAGUCUCCAUCGGCGAAUACCAAGGAACUGUGCUCGGUAAACAGCAAUGGUGUCUUAUUAGCAAUGCCCGAUUCGACUGUCAGCACGCCCGUACUACCUGGUCAAAAUUCUACCAGAAGUCUCACACCGUCUUCGACACCUGGGACGCCAGUGUCCGUUCAGUUACAACAGGGAAGUCCUCUGGGGAUUCAAGCUACACACGCAGCAUACAUGCAAAGACCAAGAAGUUCUCCUUCGUCUACCAGCUCCGUGGCUACUCCCAUGAUGCAUGGGUCGACGAACGCGGGCACGAUGUCUCCUCACGGCGGCAGGAACAUCAGCAACAAUCAGCAAACGCACUUCCCACAACAAAGCGUGUACCAAUCGACAUCUGCCAUCGAAUAUAGAAACGGAGUACCUAGUAGACAAGCUGUUCCAGCAGCCGCGCAACAAACUCAAUCGCAAAAUAAUUAUUGCUCCAGGGAUACCUAUCAACAACCUCGAAUCUCCUACCCAAGUGAGGUUCAUCCCCUGUACGCCAGACAAAACCAAGUCCUAGGAUCCCGAGUGGGUCAUCACGUCCGUGCGACUACGGGCGCAGCUUCCAGGACGAUGUACAACUCCAGCAUGCAGUUUCAUCAACAACAAAACCAAUACGCCAACGCUACAGGGGAGUACAACGGCUAUACACAAGCAGGCCCACCCUAUCAUGCGCCCUAUCAUCGAACCAUGCAAGGUAGCAACGCCUACAACACCAGCCAAGGUUACUCAGCUCAACACGACCAAACAACUGAAAACUACAUGACACCGGGUAAUUACGGCUACCCUAACAGCGGGAACUAUCACGCCAGUAGUGAAAAUCUUGCCUCUCACGGUCACGCUGCUGUAUCUGUUCAAACUGCGCAACAUUAUUACAACGACAUCCAACAGCAGCAACAACAUCAACAGCAACACACAGCAGAAGGUUACGUCACGCAUCAACCUCCCAUGCAUCCAAGUUCCGCAGACUAUCGAGCAGGCACCAAGUGCCACCCAAACGCUUACUACGAGCAAACCAGUCAACUGCACGUCCAUCAGGGCGGCGAAGCGUCCAACAUUCCCAACAGUUACGUGUCUUCACCAGAUCCGUUUCCAGCGCCAGGGAUGACCACUACGGCAACCGCGAUCGCCGCAGCCACUGCUGCUGUCAUCACUCCGCCAGGAAGCGCCACCCAAGCGGAGGGCAACGCCGAUUCCUACAAUUACGGCAACUUUUACGCGGAACCAGUGCACACAUCUGCCCCGCCACAAUCCGCGGACAAUAGCAACAGUUCGUCAGACUUCAACUUCCUGACGAACCUGGCCAACGACUUUGCGCCGGAAUACUAUCAACUCAGCUGAGUUCACGAGACCGAGAACCCUUGUCAGUUGGACUGGAGCGACGAGCAGUGUCUCCUGAACGCCUUGUACUGAUGGCGCUCCCUGUGAUCGUUGUGAUCGUUGCAAGUGUUGCAUUAGUAGGCAGUGGUCGUUGAGGAAGAUUCGGAUUUGAAUGUAAAUGGAUUAGAAUGAGGUGAAACGGAGACAGCCGUGGAAUAUGUGAAUGUUGUGUGGGUGGUGGAAGUGAAUUUCUGCGAGUUAGAAAUUACCAUAGUCGAAGAAGUAGCAAUGAAGAUUGUUUCUUCCUUUUUGUUUUGUUGAAAGAAAUUUGAAGAAUGAUUAAAUUGAUUGAAAGCUGAGAUUUUCUGUAAUAAACCGAGCGACUAAUUCAUUAUAAAUAUUUCCCUAAAUAGAAUCGAUAGGCUAUGAUCGUGUAAAUAGGGUUUCAGGAUCAGAAACAAUUUCUUGUAGCCGUAACAUGGGCUUUUGUUUCUUCGAUCGGAAUCGAAGUUUAUGUGUGAUGAACAUUCUAGAUAUAAAUGAAACCAUGAUAAUUUGAAAAUGUAAAUAAUAUUUGGUAGAUACGAUGGAUCCAGAGUUUCUAACACAAGACUCGAUUUAAACAGAUGCAAAUAGAAACGUGGAGAGAGCAUUUGACUGGAAAAUUCGAUAAUGAAUUUCAAUAGAGAGGAAAUGGAGCGAUUUCAAUGAUCUUCGUACCGGGCACUUCAAUCAUUUCCGUCCGUAUCAAUGAUUGCUUCACCUGUACCGACGAUCAACUGGAAGAAGUUGAAAACGCGUCGAGAAGACCGACAAGUGAUUUUCAAACAGUGCGAUUUCAGGUUCAUGUGGCAGAGUGUGUGUAAAUAAAUUAGAAGUUUAGAAAAAUAGAAAAAAUAACCAGGUGCAAGUGCAAUCUUUCUAACUUAAACACGAUUUCUGUCGCGUAAUAGAUAAUUCCAUGAUGAUCGCACGGGUCUCCAAUCAUUCGAGUUCGCGUGUGCUUAACGCGACACCAUAUCGUCGCGCAAACGAGGCAACAACCGUAUCGAUGAUGCUAUUUCCUUAUAGUAAUCUGUUCGUCUAACGGUUAAAAGGAAAACGCGAAAGAUAUUUGAAAUACUAUAAAAUAUUUGGGAAAGUGAAUUAGCAAUUCACGAGCAAUAAUUCUUAGUGAAAUAACGCGUGUACAUAUAGAAAGCUAAUGCGAGGCGAAGAUUAAUUUAACCAGAAGAUUCCAGAAAAUGAAAUAAGAAAGAGAAGAUGGAUAGUGUGGGUCGUGACACUAACAAAGGACAGAAGACACUAAUCGUGGAAGCGUAAACGCUUUAGAGGAUGAUGAGAGGUGUACUCGUAGUUUUUCAUGCAGGUUGAGAACGUUUCGUGAAAAAAAUGGCGGAACUUUAUCGGAAGUUCGUUUUGCUGCUCGACAUCGUUCACACAUCUUUCAAGAAUUUUUUUUCCACAUUAAACGUCACGAAAGAGUUUGAACGAUCCGUCGAACGUCGACGAAGUUUUAGUUGCACGCAGUUAUACUCUUUCGACGUUUAUUUUCAAUUGUACAAGGAAAGACAGAUUUUUCGUUGCUUCUGGUUUUAGGUUAUGCGAUGUGAACGCCACGAAACUUGAUCGUUUCUUCGCCAGGAUCAUCCAUCUAUUUCGUCGUAAUUUCUACUAGACUCUACAGAUGUAAGCGAACCAAAUAAAGGGACUCGCGUCGUUAUCGGAGAAACAAUAGCAUAAAACGGUUACGAGAUUAGAUCACGUAGCUAGCGACGCGUGAAACCUUGAUUUUCACCUCGACUCGACAGUUGAAAAUAUUUAAUAGUGCGCCAGUCGUCGUAUCUGGUUUGUAUAAAAAGAAAAAAAAAAGAAAAAUUAAAUAACAAAUGGCAUUUAAGGAGCCACGAUCGUUUACACGAGGACUUCUUUGUACAUAGCGCGCUUACGAUAAUCGUACACACGAACACAUGUACACACGGACACGUACACGCAUAUACAUAGAUACAUGAGAAAUACACAUUGUUUAUUCGAUUCUGAAUGUAUGAAUAACCACGCGAUCCGAAGAUUCCAUCUUCUGAACGUGAAACGGAGAAAAGAAAAAUGGAAAAGCGAUAAAAAAAAAAGAGAUAACUGUAAAUGGGAGACGAUCAUUGUGUACAUUCGUUCAUACAAACUUAUAAAACAGAAAGAAUUGUUUCAUCCUAUUCUGACCGCUCGCGAUUUCGUUUAACCCCUUUCGACGGAUUAAGCACUAAAGCAGAUGAUAAGUGGACAUGGAAAUGGAUGAUAAUAAAAAAUAUCAUUAUAAAAUUAAA